AUGUUUUCAUCGUCAUCAUCCAAAAAUUUAUUUGUUAGACCCAAACUUGAGAAUGUCGUUCAUGAUUCGUUUGAAAAAUUCGAAAAGCAUGGAUUUUCAUUGAUGGAACACUCGGAUUAUGACGUUUUAGAGAAGGAGCUUGAAGAUCCCGAAGGAAAUUAUGAGCUCCUGUUUGAAGACAAUCAUUCCGUCAUGUGGAAAAAAAUUAAUGGAGAAGGUGGCAAGAAUUGUUUAUCUGCCGAACAUUCUCAUGAUACUGUUCGUCACAAAUACAAAAUGGUUGUGAACCAUCCAGUUCAAAUAUUUUAUGAUUUAUUGAAAGAUUAUGAAAGACGGCAUUUAUGGGAUAAAAGAGAUGGUGGAAGAGAAAUUUUAGCAAUUUUUAAUGUGGAAGGAAAGCCUCAAAAUCAAGUAGUGGAAUAUAUUGUAAAGAAAGGAAACUUGAUAGUGAGCUCGAGAGACUUUGUCACCAUCAAUGCCGAAAAGUAUGACGAAAAAACAAAUUCAUAUUUAAUGAUUGGCAAGUCGGUCAAUGAAUUUCCAAAAGAAUCACCAAGUUCUUAUAUAAGAGGAAAUAUUUUAUAUUUAGGAAUGAAAAUUGUACCAAUUGACGACAAGAGGUGUGAAUUUUAUUGUGUCACGCAAACAAAUAUGAAUGGAUACAUUCCAAACUUUGUUUAUGAAUGGGCUCUCAAAAGUUUACCUUCUGAAUUUCAAGUAAUCACAGAUGAAGGAUGUCAUCAACGAAUUAGAGAUGGAUGUGAAGCAUUCACAAAUUAUUACAAACUGGCGAAAAAUUAA